AAGACCAGCACUUGGAGCUAUUAACACCAGCAUUCUCUGAGAGGUUCCUUUUCCAGGGUUGCUGAGCAGGGGGCCAGGGCAGAAGCUGGGACCACCGGGGAGAGGAGUCUAGGCCAAUCCAUCUGCAUUUCUCAAGCAGGGGACUGUCCACAUGAAGACCCUUCUGUUGUUGGCCUUGACCAUGGCCUUUGGCCUGCUGCAGACCCACGGGAGUUUACUGGGUUCCCUGGAAAUGAUUGAGUUCAAGACAGGAAAGGAUGCUUUCUCCAGUUAUGUCUUCUAUGGUUGCUACUGUUCGUCAGGUGGACAAGGAACCCCCAGGGACGCAACAGAUUGGUGCUGCGCCGAACAUGACUGCUGCUACGAACGUCUGCAGAAGGAGAAAUCUUGCAGCAAGUUUCUGAACUACAACUUUACUUAUGAAAAUGGCCAAAUCGUCUGUGUGUUGCAGGAUUACUGUCGCAGGCAGCUGUGUGAAUGUAAUAAAGCAGUUGCUGACUGUUUUGCGAGAUACCUGAACACCUACCAGGAACGGUACCAAUUCCACUACAACAAGCAAUGCGACGGGAGAGACUACCAGUGCCACCCGCCCGUGGAAGUCUAGCCUCCCACGCUGAGCUUCCCUCUCUGGCUCCCACCCCUCCCCGCAAAGAAGGAAACACCCCUCUCACAUCCCAGAGACAAGCCAGGAGCCCCUUGACCCCCAGAGAGAAGCCUUCCUUCCAGAAUGAGAAGCCCCCGGGCCUGUGGCCUGUCGCCUUUUCCCUCUUCCUUGGGAGGCAGGAGA